AAGGUUCAAGAAAACAAAAAUCAGCUCAACAAGGUGGUGAGUACGCAGAACACCCUGGUGCAGAAAUUAAACGAACUUUCGAGUCUGCAACAGGAGCGCGCCGUCGCUGCUGCUGCCACCAGCGCCACCGUCGGCCAAUUCGCAGUGCCGCAGCCGCCUUCUUCCUCCGCCUCCUCUCUAUCCGGAGUCGCUUCCCCUUCGACGGAGAUGCUGAAGUCAGCAACCAGUGAUGCCGGCGUUUCACCCCAGUGGGCAAACCUCAUGAUGGAACAGCGUGGCGCUGACAUCAUCCCCGUUCCAGGCAACUACUAUUAUUUUCUCCGGCCAUUUUUACUCUUAACCGUUCUUGUCUCGGUUAUGUUAAACUUUGUGCCGAAAUGUUCGGCUAUUCUGUCAUCCCAAGCUCUUUCAUCCGGUUCUUUCGGCCUUAGUAGAAACAAAAGUGGCCCCUUUGUUCGUGUUAGGUUGACGCUGGAGAAUCCUUAG